AUGGGAAGUGGGUCCAGCAUUAUCUGCAGAGAGAGUCUCAUUCAACACACACAAACACAUUCACUGCUUCUGCUUCUGCUUCUGUUCUUUUCUACUGUUAUUACUACUUUUCUAACUCGCUUUGUUUUGGUGGCAUGUGAAGCUUGUUGUUUCAUUGUUUAUAUUGCUUUAAUUCGGUAUAACGGAUACCUAAUGCGCCUUCAUCUCGGGUUUGGGAGUUCCGAGUGAUGGGUUGUGUUUAUUCCAAGGCGUGGACUAGCGAGUUUUGUGCCCCUGGAGAUGUUAAGUUGCUGGAAAGUGGAGCUGUAAAAACAGGAGAGAAAGGGGAUCAACUAUAUCAGUUUAGUUCAGCCACUGAUCACGAGGCGGGUAUUGCUCGACUGUCAGCGCAGUUCUUACCUCCUGCAGAUGGCUUGAAGGUUGUGAAAGUUCCGUCUGGCGAAUAUGAAUUACACUACUCAUUUCUUUCUCUAAGAGGCCACUACCCUGAUGCUCUUGAUAAGGCCAACCAAGAUAGUUUUUGCACUCAUACGCCAUUUGGAACGAGUCCAGACGACCAUUUCUUUGGUGUUUUUGAUGGUCAUGGCGAGUUUGGAGCUCAAUGCUCGCAGUUUGUGAAGCAGAGUUUAUGUGAAAAUUUGCUCAGGAAUAGUCGAUUCCACACGGAUGCAGUUGAAGCCUGCCAUGCAGCCUUCUUGACAACGAACUCCCAGUUGCACUCUGAUAUAGUGGAUGACAGCAUGAGUGGAACAACUGCUGUAACGAUCCUGGUUCGUGGUAGGAAGCUUUAUAUUGCCAAUGCUGGUGAUUCGAGGGCUGUUGUAGGCGAGAAGAGGGGUAACGACGUUGUAGCUGUUGAUCUUUCCAUUGAUCAAACGCCUUUUCGACCUGAUGAGCUUGAAAGGGUGAAGCUUUGCGGAGCUAGAGUUCUGACUUUGGAUCAGAUUGAAGGACUCAAGAAUCCACAUGUUCGGUGUUGGGGAACUGAAGAAUACGACGAUGAUGGUGAUCCGCCUAGACUAUGGGUCCAGGAUGGUAUGUACCCUGGUACAGCUUUCACGAGAAGCAUUGGCGAUUCUAUUGCUGUGACCAUAGGCGUUGUUGCAAACCCCGAGAUUGUUGUUCUAGAGCUUACACAGAGCCAUCCUUUCUUCGUAAUUGCAAGUGAUGGUGUCUUUGAGUUUCUCUCCAGCCAAACUGUAGUAGACAUGGUUGCAAAACAUAAGGAUCCUCGUGAUGCUUGUGCUGAGAUUGUUGCUGAAUCAUAUCGUCGCUGGCUACAACAUGAAGCCCGUACAGAUGACAUAACGGUGAUAGUUGCGCAUGUAAACGGUUUAAAAGAUGCUGCAUUUGGUCAAUCAGCAGACUCACGCCCAGUUCUAAGGCCAUCUUUACCUCAAGUUGUAGCAUCAGGAUCCGAAUCUCCAUCUCGAAUGAACUGGAGAUCCAGAAAUCAGCGUGCAAGGCAUGACAUAUCCCGUGCACGCCUCCACGCACUUGAAAAUUCUCUCGAGAAUGGGCAAAAUUGGAUUCCUUCAUCUCCAUCCCAUGGAAAGACCUGGGAAGACGAAGCUCAAAUCGAACAGGCACUUCGCGACCAUUUUCUCUUUAGAAAGCUUACUAAUUCACAGUGUCAAGUUUUGUUGGAAUGUAUGCAAAGAAUUGAAGUUGGAGCAGGAGACAUAGUGAUGAAGCAGGGUGGGGAAGGUGACUGUUUUUAUGUUGUUGGUGAUGGGGAGUUUGAGGUCUUGGCUACUCAGGAAGAGAAAGACGGCAACGCGACCAGGGUGCUACAACGCUACACUGCUGAAAAGCUAUCUUCCUUUGGGGAACUGGCACUGAUGUACAACAAGCCACUCCAAGCUUCUGUUCAAGCAGUGACCAAUGGAACUCUCUGGGCACUUAAACGAGAAGAUUUCAGAGGAAUUCUCAUGUCCAAGUUUUCUAAUUUAUCAUCGUUGAAGUUACUUCGAUCGGUGGAUCUUCUUGCAAGGCUGACAAUCUUACAGCUGAGUAAUAUUGCAGAUUCACUAUUAGAGGUGUCUUUUUGUGACGGUCAGAAAAUAGUUGAUAAAAAUGAGGACCUCCUCGGUUUGUAUGUUAUACAGAAGGGAGUCAUAAAAAUUACAUGUGAGUGUGAGGUGGAUUUGUUACAAAGUGUAAGUCUGUCCAGUCUCAUCGGGCCGAAGCAGGAUGAUGGUGUGUCUGUUAAGAGCUUCGAAAAGAAUGAAGGAAGCUAUUUCGGAGAAUGGACACUUCUGGGUGAACAUAUCACUUCCUUGAGUGCUAUUGCUGUGGGAGAUGUGGUGUGCUCUAUAGUAACGAAGGAGAAGUUCGAUUCAGUUGUUGGAGAGAGCGUGCGGUCACCUUUGCGAGAAUUGCCAAAGGCCAACUGACUCAGCUUUUGAUAUCAUAACUAAGGUUAUAUCAUCAAUUCAGUGUCAUUUCCUUACCUUUUUGAAGUAAGUGCACGACGCGAGAACAUGUACGUUACUCAGUUGCUCGAGGUAGAAGAAGGUGCAAGACUUGGAAGUCAAGGCAUCGACUCCAUUAUGACAUGGAUUGGGAAGGACUAGCGGAACACAAGGUUAUGUUGUGACUACAUCAUGCUCCCCUAUCUCGGAAUUUGAAGAACCUAACACGCCCGAAUGACUUGUGAUCCUCCCUCUCGGCAUAGCUUAGCUUACAUAGCCCGCUCUUCGCAUUAUGGAAGUGGUUACGAAUAGCGCAUUAUCAAUCCAUUGGGCCGAGAGGAAAUUAGCCGUUUGCUCAAUGCACACAGAGAGGGAGGUUAGUCUUUAGACUUCUCUGUAUGUUUCUUUUGUGCAUAGGUAGAUAUAUAUGUAAAUGAAUGAACUCUCUUGUAGUUUGCAUACCAUAUCUAAGUUGAUUAAGUUUCUUCACAAUUCAUAAAA